AUGAUUUAUGGGCUAAGGAACAAUAGAAACAAUGUGAUUUGGAAUAAUGAACGGGAAGAAGGAACAAAGUUGGGUGUACAAGCUUAUUAUAAUUGGCAUGAUUGGUAUAUGGUUCAAGAAGAAACUAAUGGAGAGCAUGGUCAAAUUCCUCAAGCAACCUGGACGCCUCCGAGUGUAGGGAAGGUGAAGUGUAACGUUAAUGCAGGCUUUCAUAAUCAUUUGGGAACUACGAAUAGGGGCUGGUGCGUUAGAGAUCAUUUUGGUAGAUUCAUUGUUGCAGGUAUGGCUUGGAAUAUUGGUAUUCUCUCCGUCAUUGAAGCAGAAUCAAUGGCUUUAAAGGAGGUUAUUCGAGCAGCUAUAUGUAUGCAGCUCGAUAAUGUGAUUUUCGAGAGUGAUUUUCAACGGGUGAUUCAUGUUAUUCACUCUAAUUUUUAUGGUAGCUUUGGAUUUAGUUUAAUCAUCUUGGCUAUUAAGAGUUUGUUACUUUGUUCUCCUAACUUUGAGGUGAAGUUUAUUAAACGCCAAGUGAAUUCGGUUGUUCAUUUACUAGCAAAAGCGACCAACUCUUGA